GGAGGCGCUGUCUGGCCCGAAGCCGCGGGCAGGCCCGCUGCGGCCGCCUCCCGGCGUGUGGCCGCAGGGCGCGAUUCACAACGGCCGCCGGGAAGGGCGCCUUACCGCCUAGGAAUCUGCCGAGUCUUUAUGUCUUCUUAAGAAAAAAUGAGGCAAAUAAAGUUUGAAACAUGUGAGGAGCUGACAGAGGAAUCACUAAUUUUUUAAUUUUCUGCUUUUUCAGGAGUCUACAAGUAGGUGAUGGACAGCUUAUGGAGCGUCUGUCACAGAGUCUCCAUCAGAGCUUCAGGCAGAGCCUAGUGCUCCUGUUUCUUUCUCAUGUGGCUCAACACGAAACCUCCUUGCUUGUGAGUGAAGAUGCUCCUGCCCCAGUCUGUGCCUUUAGAAGCGUGACACUCAUCGGUGCUGGGCACGUCCUACUGCAAGACAGGCAGUAUCAUCACGCAGCCAAGAUGGUGGCAUUUAACUGGAAGGCUUUGGAGAAUUUCCCAUUGCUGAUGUACAUUUUGGCAGCUAAAACAUUGAUUCUUUGCUUAGCAUUUGCUGGAGUAAAAAUGUACCAGAGCAAAAAAAUUGAAGAAAAACUGAAGAAGGAACGUGAAGAGAAAUUGAAAACACAAGUGAAGAAGGAUGAUUGAAGAAUCUCUCAGAUUUUCUGACACUUGGCAGCUUGCAUUGGAUUCCUUUCCUGGGAGAACGAAGCCUUCCUGUAGAUGAAGGAUGUGUCAAAGGAAUAAAACCCUCAAGAGUAACAUUCACUUAAACUGUAUCUCAAAUUUUUAUACGUACAGCAAAAUAUCUAAGCCUCUAUGCAAUAAAAAAUCCUUUGUAAAAAAAAA